AUGGUAAUAAGAAGAGAUCAGCAGAAGCACUUCCCUGAAAUUUUUGAAUAUUUUGAAUCCAGAAACCGGUUGCUCAAAGAUAUCCCCAAGUUAGUUGGACAGCUCAAUGUUUAUGUGGAUCAGGAAGGCCUGUUAAGGGUACGUAGCAAAAUGCAGAAACUGAAAGAUGACAGAAGGAUGCGAUUUCCAUUGCUAAUUUCUAAGGAUAGUUUACUAACUAAAUAUAUUGUAUUAGAUUAUCAUGAACGUUUUUUACAUGCGGGAUGCUAUAGGCUACUGGCUGAAGUACGUAAGAUAUUUUGGAUACCUAGAUUUUUUUCAGUAGUUAAAAGGAUAAUCCGCACAUGUGUCAUAUGCCGUAGGUUCAAUGAGAGGACAGUUAAUCUUAAUCAAAACUGUUAUAGAGAUUUCAGGAUUAAUCCCCCAGAGAUUCCUUUCCGCUAUAUUUUUGUAGAUUACAUGGGACCCUUCUUUGUACGUUCCAGUGGGAAGAAAGUAAAAGCAUGGAUAAUAUGUUUUACAUGUACAUGGAGUAGAGCUAUAAAUCUGAAGGUGUGCAGGGACUUGAGUGUUAAGGAGUAUCUUAGAGCCUUCCAGCUUCAUACGUUUGAGUUUGGACUACCAAAUUUGUGCAUUUCCGAUCAGGGAUCUCAGUUAGUAGCAGGAGGCAACGUAAUUCUAGAUUAUUUAAAAGACCCAGAAGUUAAACUCUAUCUAGAAGAGAAUGACAUAAAGAACCUUCAGUUUGAACAGUUUUUCAAAGGGAACUCUGCUCUUGGUUCAAUGGUUGAAAGUUGUGUGAAACUUACUAAGAGAUGCUUAUUUGGAGCCAUAAGAAAUAAUGUUUUAGAUAUAAGGGAUUUUGAGUUUUUAAUAUGUCAGACUGUCCAUUUAUUGAAUAGAAGGCCAAUAGCUUUCAAAGAGGCAUUAAGAGAUACAGAUAUAAGCAAAACUCUUCCUGAUCCCAUAACACCAGAGUGUCUAAUUAGGGGUUAUGACCUUGUUUCAGUUAACUUAAUUCCUGAGCUGCAAAGACAUCCAGAUCUAGAAUUGGAUGAGGACUAUUUAGUUUCUCCUUGUGAUAAAGUUAAAGAAAACUACACAAAACUGCGUAAAGUCAGAAGUUAUUUGAUUAACAUUUAUCAUGAAGAAUUUUUGGCUAACUUGACAAAUCAAGCUGUAAAUGCGAAAGACAGAUUCAAACCUGUAAAGCAUACACUUCUUCAAAAGAAUGAUGUGGUUCUAAUUAAAGAACCAUAUAGUAAGCCAAACCAAUACCCAAUGGGAAUAGUCCGUGAUGUAGUUCUCAAUGAGCUUGGGGAAGUUACUGGAGUUACCCUACUAAAAGGCAGAACUGGGGAACUUACGAAGAGACAUUCAUCUAAUCUAAUAUUUCUUUUCAGACCUGAUGUUUCUUCAAAUGAAGAUAAAGACAGUCCUAAUUAUGACUCAAAUGAUUCUAAUCUGGCCAGCAAUCGCAUUCAAGGAAAGCGCAGAAAGCGCAAAGCGGCAAAGAUUAGUACUCUGAAGACCAGACAAAUUUUACAGAAAAGUUUGUCUGUGUAG